CACCCUUCUAUCUCCACGUCGAACUCCUCCCUCACCCAAGUCGAACACCAGAAAAACCGUGAAUCGCUCAUCCUUCAAAAUUUCUCUACUGUUCUCUCCAGCGAAAACUCUGACCGUCCAUUGCUGCAUUCCCAUCAACGGAGGAAGAUUAUACGCCCACGGAGUCGAAUAAAACCACCCACACCAUAGCAUAACCCCUCUCUCAAUAAACGAUCUCGCUUUCAAAAUAAAUAAAUAAGACCGUGCGGCAACAACAAGCUGCAACUCAAUUCUCGAAUCUCCGAUCAACCAUAACCACUGAUUCGCCGGAAACCCUACUUCGCUCACCAAUAGGCCGAGGCACUGUUCCGUUCUGCUGAAUUUGAAUCCCGUCGACGGCGAGGGGAGGAAACCUAAUUUGCGAACUUCGUUUUCCUUUUUUUUUUUUUUCUUUUUAUUUAUUUAUUUCGGGAACGAAGAGGAAUAUUGCGGAGUGAAACAGCGUUAGUGAAGUUUAAAUAGGGUUUUUGAGGCAACGAAGGCUCCAGAAGAAGACAGUAAUCGGAAUUGAUUUUGCUGGAAUUGUGCUCUGUAGCUGCUGCUGUGCUUCUUCGAUGAGUUCGUGCUGAAUUCAGUUACAAUUCGCGGAUAGCUCUGUUCAGACACAUGGGUUACGAUUCGGAUAGCCCCUCGCAAGAUGGGAGGGACGAAGACGACGAAGAAGAAUAUGAGGAGUCUGGCAAGGGUAAUCGUUUUCUUGGGUUCAUGUUUGGAAAUGUUGAUAAUUCUGGUGAUCUCGAUGUUGAUUAUCUUGAUGAGGAUGCAAAGGAGCAUCUUUCUGCAUUAGCUGAUAAGCUGGGUCCGUCACUGACAGAUAUAGAUUUGUCAGGAAAAUCACCACAAACACCACCUGACGUUGUUGAACAAGGCUGUGACGUAAAAGCUGAAGACGCUGUUGAUUAUGAAGAUAUUGAUGAAGAGUAUGAUGGUCCAGAGACAGAAGCUGCCAAUGAAGAAGACUAUUUAUUGCCAAAAAAAGAAUUUUUCUCUGCUGAAGCCUCUGUAUGUUUGGAAUCCAAAGCUUCUGUCUUUGAUGAUGAAAAUUAUGAUGAAGAUUCUGAAAAGGAGCAAGACUUUGUGAAUGACAAUUGUAAAGUUGAUAACAUCCCUUUAGCUGGGGAGCAGAAAGAGAGUUUUGUGGAUGCAUCUAAAGAAGAGAGUUCACUUGAACAUGAAUUACAUGUUGACUCACCGCAGACUGAAGAAUUGGAUGCUGAUGUACAAAAGCUUGAGGAGGAAAGCCCUGAAGUUCCGAAAAGGUCUAUGGCUAUGCCAUUGCCUGUUUUAUGUGUGGAAGAUGGUGUGACAAUUUUACGUUUCUCUGAAAUCUUUGGCAUUCAUGAACCUCUCAGAAAGGGAGAAAAGAGAGAGCAUCGACAUUCUAUUCCUAGAGAUAGAUACAAGUCUUUCGAUUUAAUUGAUGAUUUUAUAGAAGAGGAUGAAGAGGAAUUCCUCAAGGGCUUCUCCCAGAGUCUCUCACUUACUAAACAGGUUUGUGUAGUUCAUAAUGAUGUAUCAGAAAGCAAUGAUGUUGACUUGGAGUUUCCAAAAUUUGGAUUUCUUCUUGCGGAUGCCUCAGUGGCCAGGAAAGAUGAUCAUCAAUCAAAGGACUCAUGCCAUAGUGCUGAACCGAUGAAAGGGGAUUUUGCAGAAGAUCAUUCACGGAAAGAUCAUCCUUUCAUGUUGGCCAACUUUUAUCCUCUUGAUCAGCAAGACUGGGAAGAUGAAAUCCUUUGGGGCAAUUCUCCAGUUCCAAGUAAUAAUAAUGUUGAAAGCUGUGAAAUUUCUGGACCUGAGUUGGGAGCUUCUGGUGGCAGUGAAAUAGAAAUAGAAAGUGGGAUCCAGAGUAUUCAGAUGGAGCCUCAGAAGAAACUGGAGGAUAAAGAUCAUAAUGUCUUAAUGUGCAGCUCUCCUGUCAAAUUGGAGCCCUUUGGCUCAUGGGAUUCUUUUGGAGCUAAGACCAAUUUAAUAUCCAGAAGUCUAUUUCACCCCCAACUUCUAAGGCUAGAAUCCAGAUCUGAAGUGGAUAGUUCUAGUCUUGCAGAUGGAAGAGAGGCGGAGAUAUCAGAGCAUAAUCAAAGUGGUCAAGUAAAGCGUUUUACCAAGGUUAUAUCACAAAACAGAGACAUGAUGGAGGGCUCCUGGUUAGACAAGAUAAUAUGGGAGGAGCUUGAUCAGCCUAUGGUGAAACCAAAGCUUAUUUUUGAUCUUCAGGAUGAUCAAAUGCACUUUGAAGUUUUAGAUAGCAAGGAUGGUACACAUCUUCGCCUUCAUGCUGGGGCUAUGAUUUUAACUCGUUCUUUACAAUCAAUCAGCGGGGAUUCUUCUGAGCUACCAGGGCAUGGAAGUCAAUAUGGAUGGCGACAUGUUGCUAAUGACAAACACUAUUCAAACCGUAAAACUUCUCAGCAGCUGAAAUCAAAUUCCAAAAAACGCUCAGCUCAUGGUGUCAAAGUUUUUCACUCACAACCUGCACUGAAGCUGCAGACAAUGAAAUUGAAAUUGAGCAAUAAAGAUAUUGCAAAUUUUCACCGGCCAAAAGCAUUAUGGUAUCCCCAUGACAAUGAGGUGGCUGUCAAAGAACAAGGGAAAUUGCCAACACAAGGACCCAUGAAAAUUAUUAUAAAGAGUUUGGGUGGCAAGGGGAGUAAAUUGCAUGUCGAUGCUGAAGAAACUCUCUCUUCUGUUAAAGCAAAAGCUUCCAAAAAGCUAGAUUUUAAGGUAUCAGAAACAGUGAAAAUAUUUUACUUAGGAACGGAGCUUGAAGAUCACAAGUCACUUGCUGCACAAAAUGUUCAACCAAACUCCUUGUUACAUCUUGUUCGUACAAAGAUACAUUUGUGGCCAAAAGCACAAAGGGUUCCUGGUGAGAACAAGUCCUUGCGUCCUCCUGGGGCAUUCAAGAAAAAGUCUGAUCUGUCAGUAAAAGAUGGACAUGUUUUUCUGAUGGAGCAUUGUGAAGAAAGGCCUUUACUUUUGAGCAAUGUUGGAAUGGGUGCAAGACUUUGUACAUACUAUCAAAAAUGCUCACCAGAUGACCAAUCUGGCUCCUUAUUACGCAACACAGAUAAUAGCUUGGGGCACAUUAUUUCCCUGGAUCCUGCUGAUAAAUCUCCUUUCCUUGGAGAUUUAAAACCUGGUUGCACUCAGUCAUCACUUGAGACAAAUAUGUAUAGAGCACCCGUAUUUCCUCAUAAAGUUCCAUUAACUGACUACCUGCUGGUUCGUUCAUCAAAGGGAAAGCUAUCAUUAAGGCGCAUUGAUAAAAUUAAUGUUGUCGGACAGCAGGAGCCUCUCAUGGAGGUAUUAUCACCUGGAAGUAAAAAUCUUCAGAAUUACAUGAUAAACAGGCUAUUGGUACACAUGUGCCGUGAAUUCCAAGCAGCAGAGAAGCGGCAUAUGCCUCCGUAUAUCCGUGCUGAUGAGUUUCUCUCACAGUUUCCUUACCAGUCAGAAGCGUCAUUCCGUAAGAAAAUCAAGGAAUAUGCCAAUUUGCAGAGGGGAACAAAUGGACAGUCAAUUUUGGUUAAAAAGCGAAAUUUUCGCAUUUGGUCAGAGGAUGAAUUGAGAAAAAUGGUUACACCAGAGCUUGUUUGUGCUUACGAAAGCAUGCAAGCUGGCCUCUACCGUCUAAAACAUUUAGGAAUAACUGAAACACACCCCACUAAUAUUUCAUCUGCAAUGAGUCGUCUUCCUGAUGAAGCAAUAGCAUUGGCUGCUGCAUCACACAUCGAGAGGGAACUGCAGAUUACUCCUUGGAACUUGAGUAGCAAUUUUGUUGCUUGUACAAGCCAGGGUAAGGAAAAUAUUGAACGAAUGGAAAUUACUGGUGUUGGUGAUCCAUCUGGUCGUGGCAUGGGUUUUAGCUAUGCUCGGGCACCUCCAAAGGCACCAGUGUCAAGUGCAAUGGUGAAAAAGAAAGCAGCUGCUAACCGUGGAGGUUCUACUGUUACCGGUACAGAUGCUGAUCUACGUAGAUUAAGCAUGGAUGCUGCACGAGAGGUUCUUCUUAAGUUCAAUGUUCCUGACGAAGUCAUUGCAAAACAAACUAGGUGGCAUCGCAUUGCUAUGAUACGUAAACUUUCAAGUGAGCAAGCAACAUCUGGGGUUAAGGUUGAUCCAACAACUAUCAGCAAAUAUGCUCGUGGCCAGCGAAUGUCCUUUCUUCAGUUACAGCAGCAGACCAGAGAGAAAUGCCAGGAGAUUUGGGAUCGACAAGUUCAAAGUCUGUCAGCUGUAAAUGGUGAUGAAAAUGAGAGUGAUUUAGAAGGGAAUAGUGAUCUAGAUUCUUUCGCGGGAGAUCUUGAAAAUUUACUUGAUGCUGAGGAGUGUGAAGAGGGAGAAGAGAGUACCAAUGACUUAAAACGUGAUAAGGGUCUUAAAAUGAGAAGACACCCAACUUUGGCUCAGGCAGAGGAGGAAAUAGAAGAUGACGCAGCUGAGGCUGCUGAAUUAUGCAGGCUGCUUAUGGAUGAUGAUGAAGCUGACAAGAAGAAAAAGAAGAAAGCUAAAGUUAUUGUGGGAGAAGCUAGAUUGGUACCAAAGAUGCAAUCCAAAUUUUCCUUUGACAAUGCUGAACAAGUUAAGCAAAUAACAAAUACAUUACAAUUAGAUGGAACUAAUCACUGGAAAGAGGAUGCAAUCACAGAUCUUAGGGAGGAGGAAAACUUUCCCACUAAAAAAAGCAAAUCACUGAAGGUCAAUAAAGUCAAGAAGAAUGAUAUUACACCUAUUAGUAUACCCAAUAAAAAAAUCAAAUUGAAUAUGGGAGAAGGAAUUAAGAACCAGGUGUUUAAGGAGAAAAAACCAUCAAGGGAAACUUUUGUUUGUGGAGCAUGUGGUAAGGCUGGGCACAUGAGAACGAAUAAAAACUGUCCAAAAUAUGGUGAAGAUCUAGAAACUCAACUUGAAUCUACAGACAUGGAAAAAUCAUCUGGAAAAUCCAGCUUUGUGGAUCCCUCUAGUCUUUCCCAGCAUAAAGCUCCCUCCAAAAAGUCAAUGUCUAAAGGCACAACAAAAAUUGCUCCUGUUGACAAUUCAUCAAAAAUUCCAUUGAAAUUCAAAUGCAGCUCCACAGAGAAAUCUUCUGAUAAACCUGCAAUAGAAAGCCUGCAGAGUUCUGACAAGCCAGUCACUUCUGACUCAGAAACUGCAAAGUCUGCUAAGGUUAAUAAGAUAAUUAUUCCCAAGAAAGUGAAACCAGAUGAUACACAGGCUGAAUCUGGUAAGCAUGCUAUUGUUAUACGGCCUCCUACUGAUUCAGGUAGAGGACAGGUUGAUUCUCACAAGUUCCCUAUUAAAAUACGCCCGCCAACAGAAAUAGAUAGGGAGCAAAACCACAAAAAGAUUGUUAUAAAACGUACAAAGGAAGUUAUUGAUCUGGAACUGGACAGUCCUGGUGGAAACACUGGACUUCAACACAGAAAAACUAAAAGAAUUGUUGAAUUGUCGAAUUUCGAGAAACAAAAGAAACAGGAGACCGUGUAUGGAACUGAAGGUUUUAAAAAAUGGAACAGUAAAGAGGACAGAAGAUGGCAGGAAGAGCAAGAGAAAUGGAGAAAUGAUGCAAGGCUUCGAGAAGAAGACAGAGCAAGAAGGCAUCGCAAAGAAGAAAUCAGGAUGCUCAAAGAGCAAGAAAGGUUAGAUGAGAUAAAAAGAUUUGAAGAAGAUAUUAGAAGAGAAAGGGAGGAGGAAGAACAACAAAAAGCUAAGAAGAAGAAGAAGAAGAAGCCUGAGUUAAGAGACGAGUAUUUAGAUGACCUCAGAGCAAGAAGACACGAUAAGAGAAUGCCAGAAAGAGACCGGAGUGGAAAAAGGAGAUCUAUUACUGAGUUAGGAAAGAUUGGUGCAGAUUAUAUGCCGCCAACAAAACGCCGAAGAGGGGGAGGGGGAGAGGUUGGUUUGGCAAAUAUCUUGGAGAGCGUUGUGGACACCAUUGUGAAAGAUAGGUAUGAUCUGUCGUAUCUUUUCUUGAAACCGGUGUCGAAGAAAGAGGCUCCUGACUACCUGGACAUUAUAGAGAGACCUAUGGAUCUUUCCAGAAUCAGGGAGAGAGUACGGAAUAUGGAGUACAAGAGCCGAGAAGAUUUCAGGCACGACAUGUGGCAGAUUACUUUUAAUGCACAUAAAUAUAACGACGGGCGAAAUCCGGGAAUUCCUCCCCUUGCAGAUAUGCUUUUGGAAUAUUGUGAUUAUUUGUUGAAUGAGAAUGACGAUAGCCUCACUGAAGCAGAAACUGGCAUUGAAAUUAGAGAUUUCUAAACCAUGUCAAAUUCAGAUCAUGAUCUGGAGGUCUGUUUGUAGAGCUAAAUGAUUUGUCAAAGACUCAAAUGUUGUAUUAUGGUUUUAAAAGAUACCAAAAUGCCUAUUUUUAAACGAUAUCCGAAGAGGGUUGCAAGUUGUAAACAAGAGUGAUGUAUGAACCAUGUAGCUCGUUAAAUUUUCAGCUUAUAACAAUGUAGAUCACUUGAUUGAGACCACUUAAAGAAUUCUUUUAGAUGAUAAAAAAAA